GGCGUUGAGCGAGCAUGGAGGAAGGUAAAACGCGAGAAAACACGUGUAGCGAGCGAGUCGCUUCCCUCGCGUGCUCCUAGUGACGUACAGGUGUUCUCUGCAGUGACGGUUGACGCUGCGCGCUCCGUUUGGCCAGCUGGGUGUGUGCCACGUGUGUUUUCGUAGUCAUGUCUAAGAUCUCGAGAAUGGCGUUGUACUACGUCCACACAAGGGAACACCUGUCGCGGCUCGGCGCAUCGCCCCGACUUCUCGGCUCCGCUGUUUGAUGGGCCGCGAGCGUCGUGGAGCACGAUGGCCCUGCUCUUCGCGCGGCGCCGUCGACCCACUCUCGUUCGUCUGCUCUCGCUGCUGGCUAUCGCCGGAGUCACGGUGCUUCUGCUACGGAGCCGUAUCACUUCCGACGACCACCUCGACGAUCGGGUUGCUUUCAGAGAACGGCUUUCUCCAAAUGACGACCGUGGAAAGGCGGCUGCCACAGCGGUGGAUGUACCGCGCCGCUACGGGGACGACGACAGCCCGGUGCUUCCGAACGUGUACGACCCGGAUGAGACGGAAUUCUUCGGCAGGCUCAACGAAGAAUGGGGCAAGGGCGGCGCGGGAGUGACUCUCACGGGUGCCGAAAAAGAAAAGGCCGACAAGGAAUUCUCGAGAGCUGGCUUCAACGCCUACAUUUGCGACCGCUUACCGUUAAACAGGACACUGGGUGACCGUCGUCAUCGCAGCUGCCGGAAUGCGGAGUAUGACGUCGAGAGCCUACCCACCGCUUCCGUGGUGAUCAUAUUUACCGACGAGCUCUUCUCUGCCCUUUUGAGAACCGUGUACAGCGUUAUAAACCGCACCCCACAACGCCUACUGAGGGAAAUAAUCCUCGUCGAUGACUACAGCCAAAUUGACGAGAUGGCCAAUGGCCGCCUGGAGCGGUUCAUUGGUCGGCACUUCCGUCCGGGCUUCGUGAAGCUCAUCACGCUGCCCAAGCGCCAGGGACUGAUUCGCGCCCGACUGACGGGAGCCCGGGUUGCGUCGGGCGACGUGCUCGUCUUCCUCGACUCGCACUGCGAGGCUACCGACCACUGGCUGGAGCCCAUGGUGGAGCUGAUAAAGAAAGAUCGCACAACAGUGGUGUGCCCGAUCAUUGACGUAAUUGAUGACAAGACUCUUCAGUACUUGGGUACCAGCUCGGACUUCUACCAGAUUGGUGGCUUCAACUGGAAGGGCGAAUUCAUCUGGAUAAACACACCCGAGGCCUGGAGGAAGGCACGCAAGAGCAAGGCAGACCCCAUGCGUUCGCCCACUAUGGCUGGCGGUCUGUUCGCCAUUGACCGCAAGUACUUCUGGGAGAGUGGCUCCUAUGACCAGGAGAUGGAAGGCUGGGGAGGCGAGAACCUGGAGAUGUCAUUCCGUAUCUGGAUGUGCGGUGGCUCUUUGGUGAUAGCUCCAUGCUCUCAUGUGGGCCACAUUUUCCGUGACUACCACCCUUACAAAUUCCCAAGCAAUAAGGACACACACGGCAUCAACACUGCCCGGCUCGCUGAAGUGUGGAUGGACAACUACAAGUACUACUUCUAUCAAAACCGUCCAGAGCUCAGGAAAAUAUCAUUUGGUGACAUCUCGGAGCGUAAGGCACUGCGUAAUAAGCUGCAGUGCAAGUCUUUCAAGUGGUACCUGGACAAUGUAUACCCCAACAAGUUUGUUCCAAGCGAGAAAGUGUUUGCCUUCGGAAAUGCAAGAAAUCCUCAUACAGGCAUGUGUCUUGAUUCCAUGAGUCAUAACUAUGACAACACGGAACCACUCGGCAUCUAUCCCUGUCACAAGGAUACAAACAGUGGUGGUAACCAGCUGGUGUCAUACACAUGGCGACACGAGAUUCGCAAGGAAGACAGCUGUGCAGAGCUGUCCAGUGAGCCAGACAAGGCUGCCCGCAAGGUCAUGAUGGCCCCUUGCGGUGAGGGUGCAGAGUCUGAGGAACGGCAGCGUUGGGACCACACACGUGGUGGCCCACUGAAGCACCGUCAAACAGGUUUGUGUAUCGAGGCCGCUCCCACAGACCAGGACGCUGUGCUAGCCAAGCCGUGCACUGGUGGCCACACCCAGGUCUGGUGGUUCCUGCACUAUGCCAGCCCACAAGUCGAUGUACUGCACAACACUAACUAAGCACUCGCGUGUUCACAUUCCUCAAGCGUGCGUGCACGUACAUUUUAAAGAUUCGUGUCCAUCUAAUCGCCAAUGAUGUCCACUCCUUUCCCAUUCAACAUUUUCUGUGACAGA